UUACCUUAUUUAAGUCCCAGCCCGGUUCUCUAAAAACUCGAACUCCCUUCUCUCUCUCUCUCUCUCUCGCUCCAUCUCUCUCGCCGUUUUCUGGAUCUCAGGGUUUUGCUUAGGUUUUAGCCACGGCUCUCCAUAAUUCAACUGUACAUAUUCCACUCAACUACUUCUCUACCCUCCGUUGCUGCGAUCUACGGCUCCCUUCGUCUUCAAUUGGAAACUUCAUCGUAUUUUUCUCUUCCGGAUUAAUUCCUCUACAUCUCCUUGUUCAUUGAAUCUCAAAUGUAUUCCGACACCAUUGCAGUUAAUGAGUGGUGCUGUUGGUUGUUAUCCUUGCGGGCGGCAGAUAAAGUGAUAUGAAUAUUUGAAUAUGAACGAUGGAGGUGGGGCGAGUGGAAAAGUGCAUGAACGACCGAAAACGAGAAAGAAUUUGGGUAGUGAAGACUUCCCUCGGGCGCUUGCCAGGAUUGCUGUAACCCAAAUAUGUGAGAGUGAGGGGUUCCAAAAUUUUCAGCAGUCUGGCCUCGAAACGCUAGCUGACAUUACAGUUCGGUAUAUUCAAAACUUAGGAAAGACUGCAAAUUUCUGUGCUAAUUUUUCUGGCAGAACAGAGUGUAAUGUAUUUGAUAUAAUUCAAGCUCUGGAAGAUUUGGGGUCUGUCCAAGGAUAUGCAGGUGCUUCGUAUGUUGAACACUGCCUCGCAAGUUCCAGCGCAGUCAAAGAGAUUGCUCGUUAUGUUGCUCAAGCAGAAGAAAUCCCAUUUGCAUACUCAGUUCCCAAAUUUCCGGUUGUCAAAGAGCGAAAGCUGAGACCUACUUUUUCGCAAAUUGGGGAAGAACCUCCUGGAGAGCAUAUACCUUCUUGGUUGCCUGCAUUCCCUGAUCCCCACGCAUGCAUUCAGUCCCCCACUGUGAAGGAGAAAGUAGUAGAGCCUCAAACAAUUAAAACUGAGCCAGAAAAACAAUGUAAAAGUACCGAACAACCCUUGUGGAAUCUACAGCAGUGGUUGUUUUGCAAUGGAUUGGAAGGAUCCCACAAAGAAGGCUCCAGAAAUGCAGCUAUGACCAAGCAAAUACAAGAAAGUAACCCAUUUCUUGCUCCUCCUCUGCAAUUUGGUGAGAAGGAAGUUUCUUCUGUCGUUCUUCCAGAUAAGAUCUUGAACAAUUCGAGUACAGGUUACCCUGUCAGGGAAAACUGUCUUGUGGAUGCCCAUGUCUCAGUGCUGGAGACUUUUGCUCCUGCUAUUGAAUCAAUAAAGAACAAUUUAUACGAUUCUGAGGAAAAUUUCUCUCUGAACAGGAGAUCCACUGUACAGUUUAAGAUUGGGGCUGGAAAGAAGCCUGUAGGUAGCACGAUAGAAUUGAGGGCGCUAAACAAUGGUUUGAAGAAGUCUUCGUCUUUGUUUCUAGUGGAGGAUGAGAAGGAUGACAAGAAAAGGAAAGCUGAGAAUAUUCUGAAGGAUUCGAUGGAGAACUCCAAGGAGCUACCUCAGUUGUAAUUAGGUUGCUUUGUUAAAAUUUGUACACGGAAUUUAGGAGACUGGCAGCAGUUUUUCCAGGUUGUGAAAAUUACUGACAUUGUAUUGUCUGGAUAUUAGCAUUAUAGAAUGAAAGAUUCAAAUUUGUGGAAAGAGAGAUUCCAGUUUAGUGAAUUUUUGAGGUAUGCUCGUGUUUAUUCUGAA